AUGGAGUGCUUGGACCAGAUGGCUGUGACCACUGAGGCGCUGCUCCAGCGGGUGCCGGCGAGUUUCCGUGCGCGAUGCCUGGUGAGCCUCGAAAGGGAAGAUGGCAAUGAAGGCGAGGCCGGUGAUCCAGAUGCUGCAUUGGCCGACAUGCCCGAUGAAGAGCUCGAAGAGGAACUGCUGCGCCUGGCGCGGCGCAGCGCGGAGCUGGCGGAGUCCGCCAAGGGCGUGGGCGCCGCCGCGCUGGUGCGGCGCCUGCGGGGCUGCCGGGCCCAGCUGGACCUUGGCAGCGCCUGGCUGGGGGAGCUGCAGCGGGUGGCCGCCUGCGCCAGGCAAGUCCAGGAAUCUGAACACAGCUCCAGCAAUUCGGCAGACUCGCCUGCCUCCGAAGCCCUCAACACGUCCCCUCGAGUUGGCCGGGCGCCGGAGGCCUCCCGUGUUCUUUCCAGCCGCUCUCACUCGCAGUCACCUUCCAAGGCCAGGGAGUCCUCCAGAUCUCCCAAAGGCAGCGCUGUGCUUUCGCCCUCCUUUGGUGUUGCUUCCGCAGGCGCCUCGCGGCUCCGAGAGGAGGCAAAGGAGCCAGAGCCGCCGGCUGCCCGGAACCCCUUUGGUGUCGAGGCGGCGGCGCGGAACCCCUUCGCCGAGAAGAGCAGCGCCAACCCUUUCGACAGCGACAGCGAUGCCGCGGGCGCCGAGCGGGCGGUGGUCAAGAGCCUGACGAACCCCUUCAGCACGGAGGGAUCGGAGGAGCGGAACCCUUUCGACUCGGCCAGCCGCAGCGGAAGCCUCGGAGGCGGCCCCUUUUCCUCGCCUUUCGCGGACGAGGUCGCCGGAGAGGAAGGCCCAGCCUGCUCGCCCUUGCAGGACGCCACGGUGGGUUUCACCGCUAUGAGCCCCACCAGCCUGGAGGAGAUCAGCCCGCCCGCCAACAGUGGCAGCGCGCCCGGCACGCCCCGCACGCCCCGGACAGCUCUGCUGCAGCGGCCCCUCUGCAUGGACAAGGUCUCCGAGGCCGACGGCAGCGCCGUGCCGAGGAGCCCGAGCCCGCGGGUCACCUCUCUGCUGCCAGGUGGAGCUUCUAGCCUUGAGAUGUGGCGCCGGCCCUCGCCGCGGCAGAUGGCCGAAGGGCUGGCGGGCUGCUUGUGCAACGUGCGGCCGCCCGACGGCGGCGGAGUUUCCUCGGAGGAGCUGCAGCAGCUCGCGGCGGUCAGCCCGGUGAAGGCGCUGCGCGCCGGGGACGCGGCGCUGGCCAGAGGACGCCUGGGGAACAGCGACUACUCCAGCUGGGAGUGGCGUGACCAUGCUGUGGAGGAGGGCCACCAGCUCUUGCGCCAAAGCUCCCAGGGCCUCGCCGAUUUGCUGGACGAGGAGGGCUGGGCCUGGUUCUCCUAUGAGCUCCUGCUGCUGAGCCGGCACCUGCUGCGGGAGGGCUCCAGUGCCAUGGAGCAGGUCACUGCGCUGAUCCCCAUCUGCCGCGUGCGCCUGGGCAUCAACUCCCAACUGCACCACCACCUGGCGGAGCUUUCGAGGCCCGACGCCGAGACCGUCUCCCCGCUGGACGUGCGCUACCGCGCGGCGCUGCUGUUGAGGAUGUGGGCGCAUUGGGAAAGCUUUGAGUAUGGCACCGUGGCAGACCCCUCCAAAGAGUGGGCUGGUCGGUGGAUCUGCACCCAGCUCCGGCUGCUGCGGGGAAGCGUCAUCGAGCGCGCCAUGCAACUUCAAGAGGAGGGGGGCGACGUGUCUGCCUGCGCUCGGUGCUUCCAAGCGCUGAGGGAGCUGAACGAGAUCGCACUCAGCGGCGGCUGGGGCAAAGUUCAGCCGGUGGAGAGGCUCGGCGAGGCCAGCGGCCGGCGCCUGCUAACCAUCCUGUGCAAGGAGCUGGAUGUGCUGAAGCCGGACAACAGCUGGUGCUUCAACGUGGUCUUCGCGGCGCGGGUCUUCAGCACCUUGUGGCGCGCCGCCGCGGAUGUGGACGCGGAAGACAGGUUGAGCCUGGACGCCCCGAACACCGCCGCUGCUUUGCUUUCGGGGCUUCAUCCUCACCUGGCACCACUGCAGCUCGAGACACAUGCGCUCUUGCUGGUGCAGCAGGUCUGGGCAGCCGCGUUCUCCUCGAGCAGCUUGCAGUUCCCGGCCAAGGCUUUGGAGGUCUCGGCGAGCAUCUUGAGCGACUUCUCGCAGUGGCUCCAGAAGACGCCGGUGGAUGCCGCCUCGUGCUUCGCUCGGCAAGGCCAGUCCUCCGCACACACUUUGCCCUUAGAGCUGGUGGCAAGGCGCUUGCUGACGGUGGACAUGCGCGACCAGCUGGUGCAAACUCUGCGGGAAUAUCGGCGUCACUUUGAGCCGGCGGCCUUUGGCCCCGCGCUGAAGCUGUGGGAGCGGUGCUACCGUGAGACCCGGCGCUCUGAGCUGGCCAGAAGCCGCAGCCACGAGGAUCGCCAGAUCUCUGAGGAGUCCGCUGACCAGGCCGCGCUACGGAGCGAGGAGCUAGAUGAGCUGCUGCGCUGCUUCGGGCGAUGGUUUGUCUGGGAGUCGAGCACCAAAGCCGCCGAGAUGGCUCUGAGUCCCUUCGAUGAGCCACCGCAGGUACCGCCGGGGGAGGAGGCUUGGAAGCGACUGGGGCCAAAGAUCAAGAAUUACCUCCAAGGUCUUACGGAUGCCGUGCAAUCCUUGCUGGAGGAGCUGGAAUGCGAGAAGACCUUCUACAACGAGGCCUGGGUGGCCUUCGGCCUCAGCUCGCACCUGCAAACCGCCGCCAGCGCCAUGGUGGCGGCGGUGCGACCCCGGGUGGAACGCCUCCUGUCAGGCGUCUGGCCGACAGAGCCCCCGGUGCUGGAAGUGCCCCCGGGCGGUGGGCGCUUGAUUCAAGUCUUGGAGGCCUUGGACAGAGAGGCCAGCCGUGCCCGGGACAAGGCGCGCCCGACGGACGUGCCCUUGGUGGACAUUCUGGUGCCGCACGUGACGGCGGCGCUGUCACACGGCCUGGAGACCUUGGACAAGGAGAUCACCUCUCACGCGCUGGAUGGCAGCCCAGACCAGCUCUUUGUGCCGUUGCGCCCCCCAAGCUCCAUCUUUUGCCAGGCAGUUGUGACGCUUUGGCGCUUCAUCCAUGACGCGCUGGAUGCGCCGCUGAGUCUUGGGAUCUCCGUCGACAUGGUCACGGAGCCCUUCAUGCGCUUUCUCAACGAGGUGCUGCACCGCAGCGGGGAGCGGCUGGUGCGCCCCUGCGAGCAGCGGGAAGCCUUCGGGAUCGCCGUGCGAGGGGCGCAGAUUGCGGAGCAGCUGAAGAACACCGGUUGCGCCAUCUCGGACGAGGAGGAGGGCGUCAGGGCGCCAGCGGGCGACGAGACCAAGCGCGCCCGUGGCAGGGGCCGGCGGAAGUUCUUCACCCGGACCUCAGAGCGGAGCUUGGCGGAGGACCUCAGCAAGAACAGCAUCAUGGAGGCAAAGCUGUUGGAGGUGAACAGUCAGGUGGUGGCACCAUCUGUGCAGCAGGUCAUGGUCCGCUUGUCCUCCCUGGGCUUCUGCUGCGCCGAGCUGGCGGAGGUGCAGGGGAAGCUCUUCAAAAUGAUCAACUCGGGGGACGACGUGGGCGUGCCAACGGCGCGCCACAACGAGGCGCGGAUGCUGAUCUGCGAGGAGCUGCCGGACUUGCAAGAGAGCCUGCUGCACCGGGGGCAGACCUUGGCCAGGUACCUGGCAGCCCGUCUCGUGUACCACGAGUUGCGCUCGGAGCUCUUUGAGAAGCUCUACUUCUUUUCGCCCCUCGCCGGCAGCGGUACUCCCAGCCCGGGCGGCUCGUCGACCCCACGCGGCGGCGCCUCAAUGACGCCCAGCUCCUUUGUGGAGAGCCCGCCGGUGCUGACGCUGAAGGAUGUGGUAAUGAGCCGGCAGAACAGCUUCCUGAGUUUGGUGGAGCAGACGCCCACCAUGCUGCUGUCCAGCUUCGUGGGACAGCUUGGCAUCGAGCUCACGCACGCCUGGAUCUACGUCAUCGUGGACUAUCUCAGAAGGCAGAAGCUCGACCAGAUCGCGGAGCAUCUGGAUGCGGACCAGGAAGCCCUGAGCCGAGCGAUCGAGUCCAUGAUGCAGGCCACACGGCGGAGGGUGCAAACUACCGCGCUGGGAGGUCUCACCCACGACGAUUGCCGGAACCUGGAGAAGAAGCUGGAAGAGGUCCAGCGCCUGAGCCAGUGCUUCAUCGAGGAGACCCAGUCCCGCACAGCAGAGGAGUUGUCGCGGUACGCAGCCAAACUGCGAGGCGAGGUCUCCGCCGAGGAGCCCGUAAGGGAGCGUUCUCAGACCCCAGGCCGUUCGCAGCACAGGUCCGCGUCGCCGGCCACACCGGCCACGCCCUUUCAGGGGCUGGGCACUGCCGGCCGCGAAAACGCGUCGCUCUCCCCGCGCAGCCCCUCGCCGAUGGAGGUCUCGGACCAAACGCCAGGAGCUUCGAGCAAGAGGUCGGCCAAGCAGCUGUUCCAGAAGGCUUGGAAGGCCACGAAGCGCAUGGGCAAAGCAUGA